AUGCGAAACGACGUUGUGCGCCUCCCGCCGUUGAUCCGUCUGCUCCUGCAGCAGUUUCAGCAGCAGCAGCAGCACAAGACAACUUGCGCAUUCACGGCUCCCCGUAAGCAGCUCGCCACCAAGGCUGCCCGUAAGUCGGCCCCCUCGGCCGGUGGUGUCAAGAAGCCCCACCGAUACCGCCCCGGUACCGUCGCUCUCCGUGAGAUCCGUCGUUACCAGAAGUCGACUGAGCUGCUCAUCCGCAAGCUCCCCUUCCAGCGUCUCGUUCGUGAGAUCGCCCAGGACUUCAAGACCGACCUCCGCUUCCAGUCGAGCGCCGUCAUGGCUCUCCAGGAGUCUGCCGAGGCUUACCUCGUCUCGCUCUUUGAGGACACCAACCUGGCUGCCAUCCACGCCAAGCGUGUCACCAUCCAGCCCAAGGACAUUGCCCUUGCCCGCCGACUCCGCGAGUAUCUGUAUAGCUGCAAAAAUCAAGUCACGUGUCAAGACUGCCACUCGGAUCCGCAGAAGAUCGCUACAGGACGCACGAAGGGGAGCCAGGCAAAGAAGGAGUCAAUUGGCAAUCUGCCGUGGGCGGGGCUGCAGCCCGAGGCCAGCGACCUGGAGACUGUAAGCGACGACACCAUCCCGACCUCACCACCAUCACACAUCACAUAUUGUCAAAAUGGAGAACGACCGCAUCCCGACAAUUCAACAUGCGACAAACAACUGACAUUAUCACGACAUCAUCGCCACUGCUUCAUUUGCUAUUUCGUACAGGGUGACCUUGUUGACCUUUACGUGCCCCGAAAGUGCGCCGCCACUGGCCGCAUCAUCGAGGCCAAGGACCACGCUUCCGUCCAGAUCGCCGUCGCUGACGUCGAUGCCAACGGUCGCAUGAUCCCCGGCCAGUCGACCAACUUCCCCCUGUCCGGCUUUGUCCGCCAGCUCGGUGAGGGUGACGACUCGCUCAACCGUCUUGCCCAGAAGGAGGGUCACCUGUGCCGGCAGUCGAGAGAAGUUCAUCGUCGCGACGGAAAGUGCUCGCAGACACGGCACGCUACGAUGGAUCAGUACGCGAUGAAGGAACGAAAGAUUCUUGAUUCAUACAACACGGCAAGAAAGUGA